AUGGCGCUGGCGGCCUCAGGCGGCGGCGGGUCCGUGCCGUGCCCGCUGGUGCUGCUGCUGUUCCUCCCGGGGCUGGCGGCCGGUCCCGCCGGGAUGCUGCAGCCCCGGGACACCCCUUCCCGCGAGCGCAGGGAGCUCGGCGGCCUCUGGAGCUUCCGCGCCGAUCUGUCUCCGGGCAGGGACGCCGGGUUCGCGCAGCGCUGGUACCGGCGGCCGCUCCGGCAGACCGGCCCUGUGAUCGACAUGCCAGUGCCUGCCAGCUUCAACGACAUCACGCAGGACCCCAGCCUGGAGAAUUACAUCGGCUGGGUGUGGUACGAGAAGGAGGUGCUGCUCCCGGUGCGCUGGCUGCAGGGCGAUCCCGCCCCCAGGCUGGUGCUGCGCUUCGGCAGUGCCCAUUACUACUCCAUCGUGUGGGUGAACGGGGUGCAGGUGGUGGAACACGAAGGGGGGCACCUUCCCUUUGAGGCUGACAUCAGCAGCGUGGUGCAGGGCAGCCCCAGCACCCUGUGCCGCAUCACCGUCGCCCUCAACAACACCCUGAGCCCCCACACGCUGCCCCCGGGCUCCAUCCAGUACAUGAGUGACAAAUCAAGGUACCCCAAGAACUAUUUUGUGCAGAACAUCAAGUUUGAUUUCUUUAAUUAUGCUGGGAUCCACCGCCCAGUUGUGCUGUACACCACUCCUGCUGCCUACAUUGAUGACAUCACCGUGACAACCACUUCAUCAGACGGUGUUGCCGCUGUGCAGUAUCAGGUGUCAGUGGUUGGCAGCACAGCCAAUUCCUUGUCCCUGAGUUUACGUGACCAAGAGGGGAAGGUGGUUGCUACAGGUGAUGGCUCAGUGGGAGAGCUCAAAGUCCUCAACCCAAACCUCUGGUGGCCUUACCUGAUGCACGAGAACCCUGGAUACCUGUACUCCUUGGAGGUGAAGAUGCAGGCCCAGGUGGGCGGGGUGCUGCUGGAGGACGUGUACACGCUCCCGGUCGGCAUCCGCACCGUGCACGUCACCAGCACCCAGUUCCUCAUCAAUGGCAGGCCCUUCUACUUCCACGGGGUCAACAAACACGAGGAUGCAGAUAUCCGUGGCAAAGGCCUGGACUGGCCCCUGAUAGCGAAGGACUUCAACCUGCUGCGCUGGCUGGGAGCCAACUCGUUCCGCACCAGCCACUACCCCUACGCCGAGGAGAUCAUGGACCUGUGCGACGCCUACGGCAUCGUGGUCAUCGAUGAGAGCCCGGGGGUGGGCAUCAAACUGCCCGAGAGCUUUGGGAACAAGUCCCUGCAGCAUCACCUGGCUGUGAUGGAGGAGCUGGUCCGCAGGGAUAAGAACAGGCCCUCGGUGGUGAUGUGGUCAGUGGCCAACGAGCCGGCGUCGGAGCUGCCCCCAGCCGCUCACUACUUCAAGACAGUGAUAGCUCACACUAAAGCUCUCGACCCCUCCAGACCAGUCACCUUUGUGACAGAUGCUAAUUACGCUCUUGAUCGUGGUGCUCCCUACGUGGAUGUGAUUUGUGUGAACAGCUACUUCUCCUGGUACCACGAUCCAGGCCACCUGGAAGUGAUCCCACUCCAACUCACAGCCCAGUUUGAGAACUGGUAUAAAACCUACCAAAAGCCCAUCAUCCAGAGUGAAUACGGAGCAGACUCAGUGCCUGGGCUGCACAGUGACCCCCCUGUGAUGUUCAGUGAGGAGUACCAGCAGGCCAUGCUCAGGGAGUACCACUCUGUCUUUGACAAGAAGAGGAAGGAGUACGUGAUCGGGGAGCUCAUCUGGAAUUUUGCUGAUUUCAUGACCAAUCAAGGGACCACACGAGUUCUGGGGAACAAGAAAGGAAUCUUCACCCGCCAGCGCCAGCCCAAAGCAGCUGCAUUUGUUCUUAGAGACAGAUACUGGAAGAUUGCAAAUGAAUCAAGCUGUCUUCCUCCUGUAAUAACAUCACAUUCCCUCUUCCUAAAAUGAAAACAAGUGGCUGGGGAUUAUGUUGAACUUGUUAUUAAAUUUCUGUGUAAAUAA